CAGGUACUUUUCACGCAUUCUCUGGCAAAUGAAGAUUCCUGCGUUUUCGCUCGCUGAGCUUUUCUUCCUUCUCAAUCACAUCAGCAUCUUUGUCUUAAGCUCUCAGCGCAAAUGUAAAUUAAUGCCGGAGAGAUACGAAUAUGUUACGUUUUCAAGAGGCAUCACAAAUGUGUAAUUUGGCGCGACCAGAGUCCUCGGAUGUUCGAGGUUAAAUCGUUUUCUUUGAGUCGUUUGACGUUUUUUAUUGUUAGAGUAUAUGUGGCUGGAUGAUUUCUCCUUCGGAUAUUGGACCUGUGAUAUUACAAAUACUUAACCAACUAAACAGAACAGAAUGACUGAUUCGUGGCUACAGACACUUUUUGUCUUGAUGUUAACAGCUUCUAGUCUGUCAACGUGUGUGGCACAAGUGUGCGGCAAGCCUCCGCUAGGGAAACGCAUCGUGGGAGGAGUUGAAGCAUCAGCGGGGUCAUGGCCAUGGCAAGUGGACAUUCAGAUGGGAGCCAACGGCCAUGUUUGCGGCGGAUCCAUAAUUGCAAAAAAUUGGGUCCUCUCUGCAGCACACUGCUUUCCUAACCCCUCAGAAGUGUCUUCAUAUCGCCUGUACAUGGGACGCCAUCUGCUCAAUGGCUAUAACCAAUUUGAGACGGUCAGUCAGGUGCAGCGAGUGGUUGUUCCAGAAGGAUACUCAAACCCUCAGGAGGGCAGAGAUGUAGCAUUAGUGCAGCUGCGCUCUCCGGUCACCUGGUCAGACAGGAUCCAGCCUGUGUGUCUGCCAUAUGCUGGAUUCGUGUUCAACAGUGGAACCUUAUGCUACGUCACAGGCUGGGGACACACACAGGAGGGCGUUUCCCUCACUGGAGCCGGGGCGCUACGGGAAGUGCAGGUGCCCAUUAUCGACCAGUCCUCCUGUCAGUCAAUGUAUCAGAUUUUGUCAUCUGAUUUAGUAACAGUCGACGUCCUAUCGGACAUGAUCUGUGCUGGAUAUAUGGAGGGAGGCAAGGAUUCCUGUCAGGGGGACUCUGGAGGCCCUCUGGUUUGUCCUGGUGGCAAUGGGACUUGGAUUCAAGCAGGAGUUGUAAGUUUUGGACUUGGGUGUGCUCAGAAGAACCGUCCAGGUAUCUAUUCCAGAGUCUCGAGCUUUGCUGCCCUCAUCCGCAGCACAGUUCCAGAAGCUCAGUUUUUCGGUCACGCUCGGAGGAACGAAAGUCAAACAUCUCUUGUUUUAGGCCUCUGUUUUGCAUUAGUACUUCUGUGGAGAUAGUAGAUUAGUUAAGUAUAUGCAAUGUACAUUUUUAUCACCACAAGCUUUGUUUGUGUGGCACUGAUUUGCCAUGCUUUGAAUGCUUGUACCCAGUGCAAAGGUAUUGCAAAUUAUUUUUAAAAACAAUGUGAUACGUGAGAUUAAGAUUAAGAGAGUAAGAUUUAUUUUAUGCUAUUUCAGUAAUGUCACCAAGACCUCAGAACACUGUAAAAUGCCAAUAUCCUAUUUAAUAGGAUAAGUACAAUAUGAUUUUGUAUUUCUUGUAUUGAUUAUUUGUAUUGAAAAAAUGAAAUUGAUUUAAUUGCAUAAGGCAUAUUAUUGCACAUUACAGCUUGGUGUGUUCUACUGCUUUCACGCAUGCAUUCAAUACCAGUGUUGUAACUUCUUAAAGUCCCCCUGUAGUGAAAAUCAAGAUUUUUAUGUUGUUUAUUUGUCUAUGUGUUUUUUAAUAUGCUUUUAGACAAACCAUGUGCCAGUCCAUUAAUCAACGCCAUUGCUAAGUAUUUUCUCCUUAAAACUGUAGUUUCCCAAAGGCUGUCCCAGAAAUGCGGUUUGAAACAGCCUUUUUUUUUUUACUACGUCACAUUGGUUACUAACUUCAGUAACCAAUCACGUCAAAGGAUAGAUUCCUAUCAUUAGCAUGCAAAACAUACCAAUAUAAUUAUCAGCACAAAGCCAAAUAUUAAAUAGUAGAGCAUUUAAUAGAGCACAACCACUAACCGCUAACCGCUAACUUGAAAAAUAACCCGCGGCAACAGUGUAAAAGUAGCCCGGAGUCAGACGCACCUCUCCCGCAUUGCCGUCUGCGCUUCACUCGCAUAUGGUCGCGGGCGCGAACUGGAAUCACAAACUAGGCUUCAUUCGAGCCUGCAAGGCAUUUUGAGGGCACAACAUCGUCAAGUAAGUAACUUUAACACAUUUUACAGUAUCCACUGUAGUUGUCCGCUAGUAAAAACAUUUUGAUGAACAUUUUGAUGAUCACAGAUCAGUUUUAAGGGAUAAAAAUCUUGACUACAGGGGAACUUUAAGUAUGUUUAGAAUUUAUAUUAAAUUAGAAUUC